GGCGGAUCUAUUGAUACGUUGCGAGUAAGGUUAAUUACAUUUACAACUGAAAACAUACCAGUGCAUUGCUUUUUGCUCUGCCCCUCCAAGACCAUUAUAUUUCUCUCCCCGCCGUUUAUCGAUCCUUACACCAUGGACAUGCAGCUAGAGGAAGAGGAACAGCUCCUCCAGGCGACAAACCAGUCCAACUACAACAGCGCCGGUGGAUACAUAGCCACUUUAGCUACAUUACAAGAACGGGAAGCACAGAACAAUGUGUCAAUUUGGAGUAAAUUUGCCACCUUCUCCCGCGUCAUGUUGCUGUCAUUCACCAAAAGCCAGCACCGUUUCAACAACGAGAUCGAAACCAGUAUCCUCCAAAACGAGCCCUCGGAUUGCGCCCUAACUGCCAAGUACUCCCUGGUGGAAUCCUUGUCGUUGGAAGGGUCCAACCUAUCUAUCAACGAUGUCUCGUUGAGCGUCUUGCAGAUCCCGCAUCCGUUGCGGAUGUACAAGAAGAAGAAAACGGAUACCGAGGCCAGCACCUUUCCGUUUCUAAACGAGCUCGACCGUUUGCCUGUGGUGGUGUUGGUGCACGGGAUGGGGGGGCAGGUCUCGCAGUUCGAGCCUUUAAUUGCGUUGCUCUCCCAAUGCGCAGAUAUACUAUCCCUUGACUUGCCUGGGUUCGGUACUUCUCGUGUCACACCCCCUCAUAAUACCAUUGGUCUGUUUGGCGAAACCGCUAAGGAAAUCCGAGCGGCUGUUGGAAAAAUGACGUACGAGGAUUUCAAAACAGAUAACAUCGUGGAGAUUCUCAGCCGCUUGGUGAGAAAACAUGUUCCUGAGAACCGGAAAGUUAUCUUGAUUGGGCACUCCAUGGGAACUCAUCUCUCUGUAAAGCUCGUUAAUAAAUUGCCUCCGAACAAGGUGGAGUCCGUGAUCUUGUUGUCACCGCCCGGAGUGGUUGACAACACGACUGGUUUGUCUGCCCCUGCCAAGCGGCCCCUUUUCAACAAAUUAGUUCUUUUCCAGUACUUUCCCUCGCUUUUCAACUUGUUUAGAGUCUGGGAUAGGAUCGGUGGGUUGGAGUCUGUCAGUGUGGCGAGACAGAUCCCGCUAAGCGCUUCGAUCUACCAAAAGUCGCGUCAGUUCCGGUGGAACUUGGAUGUAGAUCUGGACAUUGUUCUCAAGUAUGGAAGUGGCUUUCUGCCGUUGAAAAAGUCCGAAUUAGUGACAGCCUGCUCGAAGAUCAUUGACUACGGUCAGGAGCUCUCUCCGCCCUCAUUCCCCCGGAUCUUGAUUGUUUGCGGUGAUGCCGAUCGCCUUACCCCGUUCAAGGCUUCGCAGACAAUUUGUGACUCCCUUAACGCUCUCAACUUCAAGGCCAAAGUAUUGAAGAUUAACAAUUGUGGGCAUUCGAUUCUUCUCGACAAGCCUGAACGGGUGUGCGGAUUGGUGUUGGAAUUUAUCGAGACAAAUCUUAGCGACUGUCAUAUCAGUCCGGCGUGGGUGCUUCAAUGCAAAGCCAAGAUUAGUGGCGACAAAUGGGGGUUGAAAAAUGAGAUCAAAUGGGCCAAGUUGAAGGCGGUUUCGAAUGUGCUUGUGAAUCCUAGAACCAAUUCCAGGGCGCCGCUCCUUGGAAUGAAAACCUUGAGAGAAUCUGACGAAACGCACUCCCCAGCUCAGUUAGAGGCCCUCCAUCCGGAUAUCAUUGCCGUUGUGGACAUCAGCAAGGACGUGCCUUCCUAUAACCCCGAGUCGUUCACCCGCGUGAAGUACAACAAGUUGCCGACCGUCUCCAAGGUUCCGCCUGAUUCGGUUACCGUACGAAACUUUAUCAAUUUGGCGGACAAGAAUUUCAGUGAUUAUCGUGCGGAAUCUGGAGCCAUUGAGCACCCCUUGCUUGCUGUGCACUGUCACUACGGCUUCAACCGCACAGGGUUCCUUAUCUGUUGUUAUUUGAUUGAAAAGUUGGGUUGGUCUGUGAAUGAGGCCGUCAUGGCUUUUAAACUUGCCAAAGAGCCAGGUAUCAAACACCCGCAUUUCAUCGACGCGUUGUACGUGCGGUACGAGCAGUAAGUUGGAGGUAUGACCACUGUAGCUGCCGUUCGAUUGACCCGCUGUUACCAUCGGAUACCUCUAAUAGACGUAUUUAAUACAUGUCUGGUGUAACUGUAGAGUUGCCAUAGGGUAACCAGGCUUUUAGCGAGCUGUAUUGAUAGUUUUUAUAGGGCUUACCUCAGAGUGAAACGGUAAGGUUUAAUGUUGGAUAAAGGAUUGUUGAGGGGAGUUUAUAAGUUUUUGAGUGCGUGUGAUAUCAAGGUUUGGUGCUGGUUUGUUAUACGAGAAUGGAGUGGUGAAAGAAAACGAAAUGGCGGAUCAAGAUAUAAUAUUCUCAAGAGUUAUUUCCCAAGGUCACAUCCCUGCCUCAGAUAUAAUGUACUCACAGCAUUUUGAUGGAAACCCUUUCAUAGAUAUCCUAGGUGAACAAUUGGAACAUCCGAGACAGCACCUUGCAGCAUCAAGGUUGUUCG